GACCGGGGCUGAUGCUCUACCCCGCUGCCCCGCUCAACGUGGAUUUAUACGACUGUAUACGACGCAGAACUACUGAUUGCUUUGUGGAGCAAUCCGUCAAUCACGCAUCAUGAAUACUGCGCCUCAGGACUGGGCUAGAGAUACAGGCUCCGCAAUGGUAUCUAUUGGUACCCAUUGCCUGUAUACUUCAAUCAGUGGACCUCCUCGCACACCCCAAAAUCCCCUCGUCGUGGUUCUUGCCGGCGCCGGGGACGUCGCGUCCUCCUACACAGCCCUCGCACCUCUCGUAUCUCAAUUCUCCCGGAUUCUGCUCUAUGAUCGUUCCGGACUCGGUCGCAGUGAACCGAGACCGAGCUUACCGAAAUCCACAGAUCCCACGACUACUACGGCCGUUACGGCCGCCGAGGAACUACACAGCCUUCUCGUAACGACAAACUUGCGCUCACCGUUGGUUCUAGUAGCCCACUCUUACGGCGCUAUCGUUGCGCGCGAGUAUCUACAUUUGUACAAUGACGAAGUUGCCGGGAUCGUAUUCGCGGAUGGCUCCACCGAGCGACAAUGUGACUAUUUUGAGCUUCCGGAUGCCAAUAUCAAUGCAGUGCUGGGGAAUCUCAAAGUGGCGCAGGUGACGGGUCUACGAGCGGACUCGAAACUUCAAAGAGAUGAAUGGAGAGAUCGAGCCAUCGAUAUUGCGCGCGGGGCAGCCGCAGCACGAGUCGAAGUUGAUUCGUUUGUGGGCGUUUGCCAUACACUCGCGGAGAAAAAGCAGUUUCAGAACCGGGCGAUGGGGCAUCGACCGGUCAGUGUAAUUCGCUGUAAUAGCGCUAUGGACUACGAGCGAAUCUAUGAGAAUGGCGUUGAGGCAGGGAAUGGGACGCCACAGCAGCAACGAGCUUUCCGGGACCUCCUGGAUCGAUGGGAGGCGAUAGACCGGAAGAUGAAGGAGGAACAGCUCCAACUUUCCUCGACCACGCAUCUAGUGCAUUUGCCGGACUGCGGACAUAACGUGCAUUUGAUACGGCCGGAUAUAGUGGCUGACGAGAUUCGUUGGGCAUUAGAUCAGCUGCGGAAUCCGCGGGGUGAUGCGUUGCUUUGAUGGUGUCUUAGUCCGGUAGAUCAUGAUACAUGAUUUCAUGUAGCUUGUUCAAUGUUCAUCAAUCCUGGUUGAAGAUCCACUUUGGUACAGGUGCUGCUUUGUUUCUGGCCCAUGGGUUUGUGUAAAUCGUUGAAUACCAAGAAACGUCGAGGAAUCACUGCCACUGCCAUAAAUACUCUAAGACUUGAUCUAAUGCAUUUUGGCUAUAAAUAAGGUGCUUCGCCUGAAGAUUCGCAAGCACUCUGCAUGUCGAUCAGAUCAGUAUCCAUGCUAUCUUUAGAUAGCAGAAUCCCACGAGGGAAAAGCUCUAAAUAUUCUGCAGCCUAGAAAAGCAGGAGCCAGUCAAGAGUCUCCUCCAUCUAGCACAGCCUCUGCCUUAUGUGGCUUAUCUAAUGUUUCCACGUGAUCUUAGGGUUGAUCAUCAAAUCCCGUGACCAUGCAGGGCAUUCACCGCCACAAGCCUUGUACACGCUGUACGGAGACAUCCACUCACUCAUCCUGUAGGAGACGCCGUAGGUCACUUCGUAGGCAACUCCGUGGGGUUCCCAUUUGCGUGUAGAUUUGUAAGGCACCAAUUGUGGCGAUAGCUCUGGGCUGAAGUGCAGCAAGAACAGGCUUCGCAGGUACGCAGGCCUCCUACCAGGAUGGCUGCCUGACUUGAUUUUCCUUAGCACUGGAAACCCAAGACUGGGUCGAUCGAAGCGAAUAAAGCGAUUCUUAUUGGUACCCAUAUAGCGGUGGUCGAAGGCGGGCUCGUUCAAUCGUGUGAGUCAUUCAUGACAACAGCUCGAGGUACCAACUAGAGCCUGUGGCCACAGUCCAUCCAAGAUCGGCUAUGGUGGGGUGGGAAGAAAACGCCCAAACCAAGAAAAGCAUUAAAAAGCCAACGCAUUCUCCCUGGUUGAUGCCUGCAUCUAUGCAGUAGUAUAUAAAUUCCCCCGGCCCAGUGACGAAUUUGCCCUGCUGAACAAGAAACCAGAGACCCUCAUUCAGCUGGUCGGUAACUCCGGGACUGUCGUGGACGAACAGAAAGUCCGAGAAGCGCGGCAAAUCUGCGCCACAGUGGCGGUUCUUGUUUGACGCACGCGGGCGGCCUCAGGUAUAAAAG